CUGCUCCGCUGGUAGUCCGCGCGCGAGCGAGAGAUUCUCGCACGACUUGCGUGUGCGUAUAGAGCUCGAUCCGACCGACGACUCGACUUUGUAUUUGGAGCUUAGAGACUCGCUGCCUGCUGCUGCUGCUGCUGCUGCUACUGCUUCGACGACUGUUGUACAUGCUGAUACGUCAGUGUGUGCGUGUUGUGUGUGAGUUGCUGCUGCUGCUGCUGCGUGCAGAGCGGCUGAGCACAGGCUGGCCGAAGCAGCACAGUGUCGAGCUGAGCCGAGCUGCUCUGCGCGUUAUGUGUAUAUGUUUACGUGCGUGUGCUGCGCCGUCGUAAGUGAGUUUUUGCAGUGUCAGUGUGUGUUGUGUCGACUGUCGUCGUCGUCGUCGUCGUCGUUGACGAUCUACUACUAGCUGCUCGUUUGUGCUUGUGCGUGAUCUCCUAAUUGUGCUGGUGGUGCGUGCUCCUCUUUUUAUAUACCUACAAUACACCUAUAUAGCACCCACCUCUAUAUGUAUGCACUGUGUGUAUGUAUUACGAGUUACAUGCUGUAUACCUAUAUAUCGGCCACAGCAAAUAUUCACACAGGCGCAGGAAGCUACCUAACUAACUAAGCAGAGGAGCCAGCCUAUGCUGCUCCGGCACGACCGAGAGCAGUGCCAGCGACCUUUUAAUCUCGCCAUUUUGGAGGUUUUUCUCGCGCUCUAUCUGUAUCUCGCUCUCACUGUGUCUAUCUUCGGUGUGCGAUAUGUGCGUUGACGAGCGGUCAGUUAUUCGCACGUAGCUGGGAAUGCGAGUGCCCGAGUUAGCAUCAUCUGGAGCUUUUGCCGCUGCUGCUACUGUCCGAAGCCCCGCGAAUCGGGCUUCAAGAAUCUCUCAUUAUCUCUGCAGGAGAAACGACUUCCAGGUUGGAAUGGAGCAAAACCUGCUGCUACUGCAACAUUGAUCUCUAAAUGCUUUGCCAGGCGAGCUACAGUCAGGCUGAUGGAUUGACAGAGGACGGUAACAAGCUGGCACAGGUUUGGGUAGAGGAUCAUCCAAAGCAAGGGGGUAGUAGCUCAUCGUCAUCGCCAUUAGCUCACGGAGGUGGAAGUAGACGUGAUUCAAAACUGGAAGUCAAAGGUGGCAACGGGGAGGCUGCCUCCUCGGGAGCUUGCGGUGGUGGCGGAGGGGCCUACCGCAAAUCCUCUGCUGGUGGAGGAGGUGGUGGAGGAGGAGGUGGUGGCGGUGGAGUUGGAGCUGGAGGCAAUAGCAAUCGCCAUAGUCAGAUCAUGCCUGCCGGUACACCUAGGCCAGGUAGUCUCAAAGAUCCAGAAAUAGCAGACUUAUUUGAAAAGAAUGAUCCUGAAAAGAUAUUUGAGGACCUACGAGAAAUUGGUCAUGGUAGUUUUGGUGCUGUGUACUAUGCAAGAUGUACUGUUACAAAAGAAAUUGUUGCCAUCAAGAAGAUGUCUUAUUUGGGAAAACAAACUUAUGAAAAAUGGCAAGAUAUUUUGAAAGAAAUUCGAUUUUUAAGGCAGCUCAAACAUCCUAAUACCAUUGAAUACAAAGGAUGUUAUCUCAGGGAUCAUACAGCAUGGCUGGUGAUGGAGUACUGUCUCGGUUCGGCCUCGGAUAUAAUCGAGGUGCACAAGAGGCCACUCAAGGAAGAAGAAAUCGCGGCGAUCUGCGAGGGAGUGCUACGAGGUUUAAACUAUUUGCACAGCUUGGGAAAGAUUCAUCGCGACGUCAAAGCCGGGAACAUUUUACUGACUGACAAUGGCACCGUCAAACUGGCUGAUUUUGGUUCUGCCAGCAUCAAGUGUCCUGCCAAUAGUUUUGUAGGUACUCCUUACUGGAUGGCUCCUGAAGUCAUAUUAGCCAUGGAUGAAGGACAAUAUGAUGGCAAGGUCGACGUCUGGUCCCUCGGUAUAACGUGCAUUGAAUUAGCGGAGCGAAAGCCACCGUAUUUCAAUAUGAAUGCGAUGAGUGCUCUCUAUCAUAUAGCCCAAAACGAACGACCAACGUUACACUCGUCAGAGUGGACGGACGGUUUCCGUCAUUUCGUCGAAGUUUGCUUGACCAAAAGCCCCAACGAAAGGCCGACUUCCGGGAAAUUGUUAUCGCAACAUACAUUCAUCACGAGAUCUCGCUCAUCAAACGUCCUCGUAGACCUGAUCAAUCGAACAAAAGCUGCGGUGCGCGAACUAGACAAUUUAAAUUAUCGUAAAAUGAAAAAAAUAUUGAUGAUCGAUACUUGCGAGACGGAAAGUCAGAUUGGCGAUGCUGAUGACACUCCCGACGAACAAACAGGUGGCGACAGCAGCAAGAGCAACAGCAUCACCUCGGAGCACUCGAUCCACUCGAUGGGCGUAUCGGCCUCGUCGCAGAGCUCAUCGACCAACAGCUUGCCGCUGCAUAACGCCGACUCCAAUGACGGCUACGGUGGCUCGUUGCGCAAUCAGCGCAGCCACGCCGGAAACAAAAUGCCAACCUCGACGGGCAUGACGGCCAACCUGAUCGAGCACGGGGCUAAUAAUUUUGCGACUAUCAGGACAACGUCGAUCGUUACGAAGCAGCAGAAGGAGCACAUGCAGGAGGAAAUGCACGAGCAGAUGAGUGGUUACAAGAGGAUGCGACGAGAACAACACGGCGCACUGGUCAAACUAGAAGAGCGUUGCAAGGCUGAGGUCGAUUCGCAUAAACAGCUUCUCGAAAAGGAAUACGAAAAUCUAAUGCAACAGUUUAGCAAGGAGUUGGAAAAAUUGCAAGCCAGACAUCACCAAGAACUCGAUCGAAAGCUGAAGCAAAAUCAAAAUGCUGAGAAGAAAUUGCAUAAAGAGAUAACAAGUAGGCAAGAGGCCGACCGGAAAGCCCUUGAAACUCAACAGAAAAAGGAAUACAAGGCUUACAAAGAAAGGUGGAAGAAAGAGUUAUCCCAAGACGAGAUGACUCCCAAACGACUGCGCGAUGCUACUCUUCAGAGUCACAAAGAUAAUUUGAAGCAGAGUGAAGCUCAAGAGGAGCAACGACUUCAACGUGGUCAAAGGGAGUACCUCGAUCUUGAGAUACGCAAGUUCCGUCGGAAAAAACUACUCUCCUAUCACGCUCUGGAGCAAGAGCUUCUUCGAGAAGAGUUGAAUAAAAGGCAACAACAGUUGGAGCAAGCACACGCGAUGCUUCUGCGGCAUCACGAAAAAACCCAAGAGUUAGAGUACAGGCAACAGAGAGCUGUUCACGCUCUGCGAGAAGAACAAAUCCAUUGGCAACACUCUACCGAACUCAGUAAUCAGCGCGAUUAUAUGCAGCGCGCUGAACGUGAUCUGCGUAAGAAGCAUGCGCUUGAACUCAAACAACAACCGAAAAGCCUUAAGCAAAAAGAGAUGCAGAUAAGAAAGCAGUUCCGCGAAACUUGUAAGAUACAAACGCGCCAGUAUAAAGCCUUAAAAGCUCAAAUUUUACAAACAACGCCGAAGGAUGAACAAAAGGCUGUUAUUAAAAAAUUGAAGGAAGAACAAAGGCGAAAGCUUGCCCUUUUAGGAGAGCAGUAUGAGCAAAGUAUUUCUGAAAUGUUACAAAAACAAAGUAUUCGUCUGGAUGAAUCGCAAGAGAUCGAAUGCCAGAUUCUCAAGCAACGACUAAAUCGCGAGCUUGAAAUUUUAAUGGCUUAUCAGUCGAAGAACAAGAUGCAUGCUGAAUCUCAGCGAGACCGAGAGCGUCGUGAACUCGAAGAGCGAGUUUUAGUUAGACGAGCACUUUUAGAGAAAAAGCUGGAGGACGAGACGCAAAAAAUUCUAGAUGAACGUAGCGAACGAAUACGAUUGCUUCAUGAAAAACAUGAGCGCGAACUUCAACAAUUUGACGAAGAAAGUGCAAGAAGCGGCCUCAGUGCAUUAGCAAUAGCAGAAGCUUCAAAGGAAUCUUAUCCGGAUGACGAAAGCCUCAGCGGUUCAAUGUUGAGCUUGGUACACAGUAAUAGCUCUACAUCAUUUCCCCCUAAUAGUCUUUAAUCUUAAUCACGUUAAAACACAGAAUGUAACGAUCCGCCUGUAAUACCUUAUAAGUAAUGGGAAGUUCGUUUAACUUCUAGAACAAAUGAUAGUGAAAAAUAAUCAGACCAGGCAGGAGUCGACACACUCGAAUAGACUCGGGUAUGCGUAUUGGAUCAAACCGUAAACGAUCACACUUCCGUACAUAUUAUAUAAAUAUAUAAAUAUACUUUUUAUCGUUAAUUUUUUUAAACUAAUCAAUUCCAAAUAAUAUUAUGAGCGCGUGAUUUAUUCAACGGUCAAGUUUAGUUUUCAUCAUUUCUUACUAUCUCUCUUGCGGCUUAAUUUUCUCAAAUUCUUUUAAUGUUAUUUAAGUAUGUAAGGUUAAUUAAUUGUCUUGUAUAAAAUUCGAUACUCAUCAUUAGUCCGUGUAGAUAUUUUCCUCUUCCAAUUGUGGCAAGAGAUUUUUUCAUUAAUGUUUGUUUGUGCUGGGACGAAUUUUCACAAAGUGACAUCCUAUCAUACAUUGUAAUUGUCUUUUACAAUAUUUAUUUUAUCUUCAACUUCGAUUUUCACAUAGUACGAUAUUGCUUUUUGAAAAUUCGAAAGCAUGCAUUUGAAAAAAUUAGUUUAUCAAUAAAAUGCAUAAAUUUUGUAAGAAUCGUUUUGGUGAGAAUGAUACGUUAUGUUUCAAAAUGAUUCUUGUUCAACUCAAACUUCUGUUUGGUUUGAAUUGUUCAAGUUACGUGUACAUGUAUAGGUUAUUGAUUGUAUAGUAAACUUCAAAAUUUUUUUAUUUGAAAAAGAGACCUUUUUAUUAUAAAACAUGUUCAGAGGAAGUGGAUCCGUGCAUAGUUUUUUGUUUAUUAUAAUUGAUUUUUCUCAUCGUGUUCUAUAGAUAGCAAUGACCAUCUUUGUAAAUACUUUGGCCAUUGAAUGUUUAGCUAUUAGAAAUUUGUCUUGUAUUUAUUCAUGAUGCAAGUAAGUGUAUCACUCAUUAUGUUAUUUAUCAUCGUGCAAAACAUAAAGCAUAUUAUAAGAAUA